GGCCUACCACUCCCUCUGUCCUAGUAAGUUCAAUCAGACUCCACAUUCUUCAUAUCCUAACAACGUUGACAGACGAAUGGGUAUGGUAUCAUUCAGCGGACGAUUGCAUGUUUGCGAUUGACACCAUUCGCUACAGGCAUCUAAGUGGGACGAGCAGAGAGACAAUGGAACGUUCCCUGCUUCGCUGGAGCCUUGAUACUGUCUAACUGUACCAUGAUGGAACAUUUAAUAGUACCAGAUGUCUACAAAUGUCUAUCAUGUUAUCCAGUGAGCACAUGAUCACGUGAGGGAGUCGAUGGCGUUGUGUCGCUGAAUUCACAACUCCCAUCGACGGCCAACUUCGCGAGCCCCGGAAUGAUGGACAGCGUAAACUUGGCCGCCCUCACUGAAAAUGCAGCGAGGCUUGGAAUGCGCAUACAGGAGACGUUGCACGAGCACACUCGCGAUCUGUCGAUUGCAAGGGGUGGAGCGUCCCUAUUCGACAUGCCCGACGACAAAAACAUCGGCCGGCAGCUUGAGUUCGGUAGUGAUCGCGAGAGGCUUGAGGCUAUGAAGCGUCUCAUUGCGCUCACAUCUAAAGGCCGGAAUGUGUCGAACUACUUUCCUCAGGUAGUCAAGAAUGUCGCUUCUCAAGACCUGGAGAUUAGAAAACUCGUAUAUAUUUAUCUCCUCCGCUAUGCUGAACACGAGCCCGAUCUUGCAUUGCUGUCCAUCAACGCUUUCCAGAAGGACUUGACUGACCCUAGCCCGCUCAUCAGGGCGAUGGCGUUGCGUGUUUUGAGUGGCAUCAAAGUCCCCAUGAUAGGUCAUAUCGUCAUUCUUGCUAUCAAGAAGUGUGCUGCAGACCCCAGUCCGCAUGUCCGCAAGGCUGCUGCUCUAGCCAUUCCCAAGGCACACUGGCUAGAUCCCUCUCAGCAACCCACGCUCAUCACCGUUAUACAGUCACUCCUUCAGGAUCAUUCCCCACUUUCGAUAGGCAGCGCAGUCAUUGCGUUCGAGUCGGUGUGUCCAACGCGGUUGGAUCUUUUGCACCAACAGUACAGGAGGCUAUGCAGAAUGCUUGUGGAUGUAGACGAGUGGGGACAAGUCAAUCUUCUCAAUCUCUUGCUGAGAUAUGCGCGUACGAUGCUUCCAAAACCCACCAUCGCUGGUGAUGCCGGCUCAGAGUCAGAAGACCUCGAUAAGGACUUGCAGUUGCUACAGUCCUCAGCAGAACCAUUGUUUCACUCCAGGAAUCCAGCCGUGGUCCUUGCUACUAUCCGUGUGUUUUAUUACAUAGGCAGCCCGUCAUCCUUGUGCAAAGUUGUCAACCCUCUGCUCCGAAUCCAGCUUAUCUCGAAGGAGACGGAGCGAAUCGUUCUUCCCUAUAUUUCAGCUAUAGUACACGAAUAUCCACAUUUUUUUUCAUCGCACUACGCUCGCCUUCUGGUUUGUACCAACGAUCCACAACAGGUGAAGAGAGAUAAGAUUAAGAUUCUUCUGAAUCUUUGUACCACUGAGAACCACCAAGCGCUACUGCGUGAGUUCAUUGAUUAUGCCGAUGAUCCAGAUGAUCUCGUGGUCGGUGAUGCCAUUCAUGCUGUCGGCCAAUGUGCACAACGCGUACCCACUUGCGCUCGGCAGUGUAUCUCGGCACUCCUAGCUAUGAUAAGGAGUCGGAACGACACUAUCAUCAGCAACGCCAUCGUAGUCCUCAAGCUUCUCGUCCAGAACCAGCUCCAUGAAAACCCCUCAGAAAGAGAAUCACGUUCACAAGAUCCUCUUAAGAUCAUUACGCAAUUAGCACAGAGGAUCGACGAUAUUAAACACCCACGGGCGCGGGCAUGUGUACUCUGGUUAACUGGCCAGUAUUGUCCUUCAGGAGGAGGGGGUACUGUUAUCGAUGGGAUCGCUGAUUGGGCGCCUGACGUACUAAGAAAGGCAGCUAAGUCAUUCAUUGCAGAAGAUUCCAUCGUGAAAACGCAGACUUUGACCCUUGCUGCCAAGUUGUUUGUUCUCUGUCCUAGUGACCACAGGCUAGAGCUUUUGUGUCGUUAUGUGUUUUCGUUGGGCAAAUACGACUUGAGUUAUGAGGUUCGGGAUCGAACCCGCAUGCUCACCUCGCUGCUCUCUGGCGUACUGCCAUCAGUAAACGGACCGCAACCUGAAAAUUCGAUGGGGGAAGGGGUCGUCUUGCGCAGGGAGCAGGUCAAGAAAGUGUUGUUUGAGGGGAAGGCAGGAACAGCGGAUAAUACCUCACUCACUGUAGGCCACAACUAUCUUAUCGGCACUCUCAGUCUAGUUAUCGGGAAAGACAUGCAUGCCGAUAGUUUCCUACCAGAGUGGCUCGAAGCAGGGAUCGACCCGGCACUACGCGAAAAUAAGGAGGAUACGUCCACUGCGCCGGCUUUACGGUCAAUAGCCUCAGUGUCGUCAUCUCACCCAGCGGGCACAGCAGGUAUCACACCAAUCGUCCUUACUCCUACUAACUCAACACCCACCAACACUGCGAGGGAAACAUGGAAGGACCUCGAUAGCUUCUACGCGAGCGAUAGCGAACAGAGCGAGCCAGAGAGUACCUCUGAUGAACACAGACGCGAAGGUGGGAAAGAAGAAGACAAUCAUAACGAUAGCGAGGACGAUGAUAGUGACGACGACGGCGAAGAAAGUGGAAACAAAAGCGGAGAGGAGGCCGAAAGAUGGAAUUCAUCACAAGAAAGCUGAUUCUCUUAUACACGAGCAUCCUCGGGGAGUUUAUAAUACAGAGGCUAGGAUGAUAUAAUUCAGCGAAGCAGAAGGUACGGAAGAUACUGGAUGAUACUUACUGUGCCAAAGACAUGAUAGUAGUGGCCGUUCACCCCUCCUUGCCGCUCAUCACCAUAGUACUCCAUUGGCAGCCACUGACAGUCUGUAAGUACUUUAGAGAGGUAGGGAGAAUUAAAUUACAGA